AUGAAACCACACACGCAAACAGCAGCUCCUCCCCUGACAGUAAAGAACCUUAGUAGUCAGACCCUUUCACCCGCCGAAACAGCCAUCCUUGCCAAAGGACACAACUUUGCAGUCACCCCUUCCAGGAUCCCGACAGAAGAGAUCAUCAGCCAAAUAGAAACCGCCAUCUUCCAACUCCCACCUGAAGCAGGAAACAACAUCAGACAGCAGUCAGCCCAGAUCCUCCGAAAAGCCAAACCUCCCACCCAAAACAUUAACAGGGAAGAACGACUAGCGCUUCGGAGCCUAAGACAGAAUGACGACAUCCUCAUCCUACCGGCGGACAAAGGCAACGCAACAGUGGUGAUGGACAAAAGAGACUACCACAACAAAGUCAACACCUUGCUGUCCGACGCCCAA